AUGUUAACAACACAUGAGGUCGGAGAUUUCGGUGGCAUCAACAAGGACACUGGAGAGUUUGAAAAGGAAGGAAAUCUUUAUCGCGAUAGCAGCAUUGCUGCGAUCACGGCAAGAUAUCCUCCCAUUCACCUCACGGAGGUCACAGAUCAUCAGUACCAUUCGCUGAACACGAAAACGAAAAAACUGAAGCCUGAAUUUGAUCCGAACGUUUUCGGCAUGUCACAACCAGUUAUUGGUGGUCAAUGGCAAUUUAGCUGUCACCGUGGAGCGAUCCUUCUCAUGUACGGGUCGAGAUCAACAAGGGUCCCAGAGGAGCUGCUGGAAGAACUCAAAUACUGCAGAUAUUCUGAAUGGGUCAAGGGAAAACACGUCGUGACACACGUUCUCACAUGCCCUGCGUAUGCUGUCAUUGCCAUGUACCUUUCGGAUAAGGCCGAGGAAACCGUGAGCAUCGGGCUGUGCGAAGACCCAUUGGACAAUUCAUCAUUCAACGAUGGGUGUUCUGAAACGUCAGGAAGGGGAAAGCAAUUGAAAUGGGUCACAGAGGGCGCUUCUGGCUUCUUCCAGUCAGGGUGUUCGGAAGAGGCCAAUUUUGUACCACUUUACCAACUUAAAGUAGUCGAAAAGCGGGAAGGAAAGAGGCGUCAAAGUCCCGAUCCAAUCAAUGACGAGAAACUAGAAUUCUUUAAUGUUGAGGUGCCGUGGGAGUUCCUUGAUGAAGACGGGGAAGAACUCCCUGACGAUUUGUCGGACAUGGAUGAAGACUAGUGAGGUACUAGUGAGGAUAUUGAAUGAGAAACGUGAAGCCCAGAUUUGAGCAAAAAAAAAUGCUCUGUUAUCUAUUUUCGUUGCACUGUUCCUAUUAGUAUACUGUACACAAAAUAUACCC